AUGUUCCUCACAGUCAAGCUGCUCUUAGGCCGGAGAUGCAGCCUGAAGGUAACAGGAAAAGAGAGCGUGGCCACGCUGAAGAAGCUGGUAUCUGAGCGGCUGCAUGUACCGGAGGAGCAGCAGCACCUGCUCUUCCGUGGCCAGCUCCUGGCUGAUGACAAGUGCCUCUCCGACUACUGCAUCGGGCCCAAUGCCUCCAUCAAUGUCAUCAUGUGGCCCCUGGAGAAGGCAGAACAGGACAAGGCCCACCAGCCCCAGCCCCUGUGGAGCCAGCUGGGCAGGAUCCUAGCCAAGCACUUCCGGCCCCAGGAUGCCAAGGUGGUACUGCAGCUGCUCAGGCAGAGGCAUGAGGAGCGCGUGCAGCGGGUGAGCCUGGAGGCCCUGGAGCAGUUGGCAUGCUACCUCCUGGCAGAGCAGCAGCCUGUGGGGCAGGCAGGGGAGAAGGAGUUCCAGGCUGCGGACUCAGAGCUCCAGCAACAAGAAGGAGGAGGAGAAUGA